AUGUCUGAACCAAAAAAGCAAGAGUUUCUAUUCCAAUUGAAAUCAGGAACCCAAUCCAAAUCAUAUUCUUUGGCCUAUGAAGAAACUGAAGCUGCGAAUGUCAAUUUUGAACUAUUGAGUAGCGUUGGUGCUGAUGGCAAAAAGGAUGAAUUAGUUAUUUCAAAAGAUAAUUUACCAACCCAUUUGAAACCUGGUGUUGACGUGACAGUUAUUGAUUCUGUCAAUUCAGGUGUUGGUAGAGAGAAAAGAGAGUUUUAUACUUCGGUUUUAGAACCAAUCUUGAAUGAGCUUGAUAUUAAACAUACGUUGUUGAAGACAACUUCUGCUUUAUCAAUUACUAAUUUUGCUAAAUCAUUAGAUCUUUCAAAAGAUCACACUGUGGUGCUAUUAUCUGGGGAUACCUCAGUUGUGGAAUUUAUAAACGGUUUACCAACAGAUGCUAAUGUUUCAACAAAACCGAAUAUUAAUUUAGUCUUGAUACCUUUGGGUACAGGUAAUGCAUUAGUCAGUUCUUCAGGUAUAACAUCUGAAGCUAAUGCUGUUCAAAAAAUGUUCAGCAAUGAAAAAGCUGAAUUACCAUUAUAUGAAGCUGAUUUCCCAAGUGAAUCAUUUGCUGUUCAUUUAGAAAAUGCUCCACCUAUUGGUAAAUUACUCUUCACUAUUGUGUUGUCUUGGGGUUCUCAUGCACAAAUGGUUUAUCACGCUGAAUCUCCAGAGUUGAAAGGCUUGGGGAUUGAAAGAUUUAAAAUUGCUGCAUACAAGAUCUUCCAACAAAAAUUGGAAUAUAACUGUGAUAUUAUUAUUGUUGAUGAAAAUGGCAAGGAGGAAAAAAUGUCACAUUCAACAACUCACAAUUAUUCUUCAAUUUUGGCUGUUCCAAGAUUAGAAAAAAAAUAUCACAUUUCUCCAGAUAGUAAGAUUAGCAAAAGUGAAUUACACAUCUUGGAUUUUGGUGAUCUUCCAAAAGAUGAAUUCAUGGGAUUAUUAAUGGAACCAUAUAAAGGCGCUGGCCACGUGAACCAUAAAGGUGUUAUUUAUGAACCAAUUCAACCAAAGAAACAAAUAAUUUUAGAACUAGGCGAAGAAGAUGAAGAAAGAUCAAUAGUUUGUGUUGAUGGGAUCUCUAUAAAGGUUAAGAAUGGGAAAGGUAAAAGAAUUACAGUUAGAUUUGUGAAUUCUGAGGAUUUAAGCUUCAAGCUAAACCUUGUUGGAUUACAAUAA